GUCCCGGACCUGACUGCCAGCUGAGAGGCGCUUCCCAUCACUGCGGUGGGUGGGGCGAAUCAGGACUCCCACGUUCCCACCGAUAGGGCUGCUGCACUGGCCGGGCCCAGCGCCCCUGCAGGAUGCAGCCCGCGUCUCCAGGCCGGGAAUCAGUAAUGGAGCCAGGUUUGUGUGACCGUCCACCGGGGAAGAAGCUGCGGCUGGACGCUGAGGCCCGAGAGGAGCCGGCGACGGGAGGCGAGGCCCGAAAGAAGCCAGUGGCGGGAGGCGAGGCUCGGGAGAAGCCGGCGGCGGGCGCUGAGAGUGAGGAGAAGCCGGCGGCGGGCGGCGAGGCCCGAAAGAAGCCGGCGGCGGGCGGCGAGGCCCGGGAGAAGCCGGCGGCAGGCGGCGAGACCCGGGAGAGGCCGGCGGCGGGCGGCGAGGCCCGGGAGAAGCCGGCGGCGGGCGGCGAGGCCCGGGAGAAGCCGGCGGCGGGCCGUGAGGCCCGGGAGAAGCCGGCGGCGGGCGGCGAGGCCCGAAAGAAGCCGACGGCGGACGCCGUGGCCCGGGAGCGACAGGACGGAGCUUACUUCCACUCUUACUCAGACGUAUCCAUCCACGAGGAGAUGAUCGCGGACGUGGCGCGCACGGGCUCGUACCGCCGGGCGCUGCAGUGGGGCUGCCGGCAGGGCCCGCAGCCUGGGCCUGGAGUCGGGCUGUUGCAUGGCCUGACGGUGCUGGACGUGGGCGCGGGCACGGGCAUCCUCAGCGCCUUCUGCGCGCAGGCCGGCGCGGCGCGCGUGUACGCAUGCGAGGCGUGCGCGGUGAUGGUGGAGCGGGCGCGUGAGGUGGUGGUGGCCAACGGUCUGCGCGGCCGCGUGCGCGUGCUGCAGGGCCGCGUGGAGGAUGCGCGCCUGCCCCAGCCGGUAGACGCCAUCGUCAGCGAGUGGAUGGGCUACGGCCUCAUGUACGAGUCCAUGCUCCGCAGCGUCCUCCACGCCCGUGACCGCUGGCUCAAGCCCGGCGGCCUCAUAUUCCCCUGCCGCGCCGAGCUCUACCUCGCCCCAGUCACCGACCCGGCCCUGCAGGAGCGCCUGUCCUUCUGGGCCGGCGUCAAAGAGCGCCACGGCGUUGACAUGUCCUGCAUGAGCACCUUCGCCCGUCGCUGCCUCAUGAAUGACGAGAUGGCGGUGGCCACCCUGCACGGUGAGGACGUCCUGGGCCAGCCCUCCAUGUUCGCGGCCAUCGACCUAUACACGGUCACCGAACAGGAGCUGGCAAAGCUGGGCGGCGACUUCACCACCACCUCCUUCGGCAUUGCUACCAUGCACGCCUUUGCCCUCUGGUUUAACGUUAUUUUCCCCACUUCUGCCCCUACAAGAGAGAUUGCCCAUGAGCCCCUUGCAACCAGCACCAAUGCGAAUGGUCCUGAUGCAACUGUUGCCAAUGCUAAUGGUGGUCAAGCAGCCAGCUUUAAUGUUCAAGAUCGAGAUAUACCUGGUCCACGUGCAGCGUCUGUUGAUGCAGAUUUUAAGACUGGAGCCAUUGCAAACAAUGACUGCCAUGCAUCCGGCCCCAAUCUAUGUGAAGCAUCUGCCAAUACAGUUAAUGCUAAUACUAUUAGGCACAAUGCAUUUACCACCAACAGUGACAACCACCAACCAUUAAAUGUCAAUGGUGAUGACCACAGAACAUUUGAUGUUAAUGCCAAGGAGCUCGAGCCGAUCAUUUUGUCAACCUCUCCCUUUGCAGAAGAAACGCAUUGGAAACAAUCCUUACUUUAUCUAGAUGAGCCUGUCGAACUGUUCCAGGACACUGUGUUAAAAGGAAAAAUAACUUUAACCCCAGCUGAAGAUAACCCAAGAUACCUCCGUAUAACUUUGAAUUAUGAGAUUGGGAAUAGUGGGAAAAAAACAAAAACAUUCAAAAUGGGGGAAGAUUACCCCCCCUUUGAAUGAUAUUUUAGAAUGUGUGUAUUGACUCUUCAGUGACUGGUCAUCUUUUCACUGUUCUCCAGUUAUUUUUCCAACUGAUUCUUCUAAUCCCAUUAUCUUUUGAAAGAUUCAUUGGGGAAAUGUGUCUCAAUGCAUCAAACCCACCCAGAGAGUUAACUGUCAAGUCAGGAAAUAAAUGACACCUGAGUAUCUUGCAAGAUUGAAGAUUAUGGUACGAAAACAUACUAAUUUUGAAUUUAAGUUGGGCAGGGGUGUUGGGUUGGUUGUAGGGAAUGAAACUGUCUGCUUUUGAUUGAGUUUUUCUUUGUGCAUGUGUAUUUUCUAGAAUUUUAAUAAUAAUGGUGAACUUGCAUUUUGUUGGUCUAUUUUCAUCAGCAUGAAAUCUUGGUGUGGUUUCCAUAUUCUAGCACCAGAUUGGAAAUAGACAUAAAAUACUGGAGUAACUUAGCAGGACAGGCAGCAUCUCUGGAAAGAAGGAAUAGGUGACAUUUCGUGUUGAAGGGUCUCAACCCAAAACGUCACCCAUUCCUUCUCUCCAGAGAUGCUGCCUGUCCUGCUGAGUUACUCCAGCAUUUUGUGUCUAUCUUUGGAGUAAACCGGCAUCUGCAGUUCCUUCCUACCAAAUUGGCAAUCCAGAAUUGCUGUUAUACUUUGCAGGUCAGGCAACAUCUGUAGAGAUCCACAAAUAUGUCAAGAAUCUGACAUAUUUAGAGUUGUAUUUCUCUCCAUAGUUGCUGCCAGACCUUAGUACUCACAGAAUUCUGUGCUUUAUUUCAGAUUUCCAGCACAUGCAACAUUUGCUUCUGAACUGGUUGUUAGGGUAUACAUUUUAGGUGCAUUAAUACAGGUUGAAAGCUAACCAAGAUUAAUUCCUGGACAGUGUUGCUUUAAAUGCCAGACAUGCUGAAAAUGAAAAGAGAAUGGAAAGUUCAUAUUAUGGACAGAGAUCUAAUUUUAAUGCCAAAAGAGCUCUGCAUAUAAUAGCAACCUUUGCAUUUACUGUCAUCAGAUGCUGACAUGUGCAUUUGUUGAUCGCUGGUUCAGUGCAAAUUAUUAGAACCCUACCUGCAAUUGGUAUUGAAUCAUAUCAAUACAGUGUCCUCCAUAACGUCUGGGACAAAGACACAUUUAUUUAUUUGCCUCUGUACUCCACAAUUUGAGAUUUGUAAUAGAAAAAAAAUCACAUGGUUAAAGUGCACAUUGUCAGAUUUUAAUAAAGGCCAUUUGUAUACAUUUUGGUUUCACCAUGUAGAAAUUACAGCAGUCUUUAUACAUAGUCCCCCCUCAUUUCAGGGCACCAUAAUGUUUGUGACACAGCAAUGUAAAUGACACAUGUAAAUUAAAGUAGUCAUGUUUAAUAUUUUGGUGCAUAUCCUUUGCAUGCAAUGACUGCUUGUUGGGUGUUUUCUCUGUUGAGGCUCUGCUAGGCCUGUAUUGCAGCCAUCUUUAGCUUAUGCUUGAUUUGGGGCUAGUCCAGUUUUCUCUUCAGCAUAUAAAAGGCAUGCUCAAUUAGGUUCAGAUCGGGUGAUUGACUUGCCCAUUCAAGAAUUGACCAUUUAUUAGCUUUAAAAAACUCCUUUGUUGCUUUAGCAGUAUGUUUGCGAUCAUUGUCUUGCUGUCGAAUGAACCGUCGGGCAAUGAGUUUUGAUACAAUUGUUUGAACUUGAGCAGAUGGUAUGUGUCUAUGCACUUCAGGAUUCAUUAUGCUAUUACCAUCAGCAGUUGUAUCAUCAAUGAAGAUGCGAUCCGGUACCCUGAGCAGCCAUACAUGCCCAGGCCAUAACACCCCCACCACCGUGUUUCACAGAUGAGCAAGUAUGCUUUGGAUCUUGGACAGUUCCUUCUCUCCCCCAUACUUUGCUCUUACCAUCACUCUGAUAUGUUAAUCUUCUUAUCCUCUGUCCACAAACCUAUUUCCAGAACUGCGGUUGCACUUUUAAGUACUUCUUGGCAAACUGUAACCUAGCCAUCCUAUUUUUGCAGCCAACCAGUGGUUAUCAAGAUCAUUAACCAGUCAUUGACAAAUCCACACCUGACUCCUGAAGAGUGUUUCUGAUCUGUCGGACAGGUGUUUGGGGAUUUUUCUUUAUUAUAGAGCAAAUUCUUCUGUCAUCAGCUGUGGAGGUCCUCAUUGGCCUGCCAGUCCCUUUGCGAUUAGUAAGUGUUGAUUUUGGUAGGCCUAAGGUUUGCACAAUGUAUCUAACAGUUUUAUUCUUGUUUCCCACUCUCAUAAUGGCUUAUUUGACUUUCAUUGGCACAACUUUGGUCCUCAUGUUGAUAAACAGCAAUAAAGGUUUCCAAAGGUAAUGGAAAGGCUGGAGGAAAGACCAGCUGCUGAGAACUCUCUUAUACCUGCAUUAAGGAGGCAAUUAAACACACCUAUGCAUUUACAAACAACUGUGAAGCCAUGUGUCCCAACCAUUAUGGUGCCCUGAAAUGGGGGGAGGAGGGGGAACUAUGUAUAAACACUGCUGUAAUUUCUACAUGGUGAAGCAAAAAUGUAUAAAAUACCCUUUAUUGAAAUCUGACAAUGUGCACUGACUACAUGUGAUUUUUUUUCUAUAACAAAUCUUAAAUUGUGGAGUCCAGAGGCAAUUAAAUAAAUAAAUGAUGGGUCUUUGUCCCAAACAUUAUGGAGUGCACUGUGGGUUGUCAGUUAAUUAAUUUGAAGCUUCUCUUAACUAACUUCUGUGGGCUGCUUUGAUCAUUAUGUGGACAUAAUACCAACAAAUAUAUAAAGCAAUUACCUAUGUUGUGGAAAUGUCACAUCAGUAGCGGAUAACUAAUUAAGAUCUGAGCGUUCAAUAGUAUUAAUGCAGUGCUAUCGCACCGUGUCCUUUAACAUUCUGUGUCAGAUCGAAGGAGUAUUUGGUGUUGCCAAUGUUUUGUACUGUACCUGAUUAAGUCACAACUUUAUUUAAUUCUUUGGCCAUAUCUUGCAUUAUUUAUUUCCAAAUCCUGUAAAGUUCCUGUUUAUUUUUCACUGUUCUUUGUUUUUAAUUACCAUUGUAUUGCACUCCGAUAUAUAGGAGUUUUCAAAGGUAAGCAGUAACUUUCAGUGAUCUAUCUGAGUGAGGUAUAAUGAAAAAAAUGUUCAUUAAUAUUGUGUUUUGAAAUACAUUAUACCACAUAUGAAAUACGAUGAUAUUCAUGUGAAUCAGACUUAAUUCAGAGCUUAACUGCAGAAAAAUUAGCUACUGCAUUUGCCCAGAUAAUAGUGAUCACAUUUUAAAGAUUAUUUUUUAAGUACCAGUGGCUCAAUGGUAGCGAUCUUGCUACUAAGUGGAUGCAGACAAAGCUUGUGAUGCAAAGCACAUCAUGGUUGGACUCCGGCUGACGAGUCUCUGAAGAGUCUCAGAGUUGUGAAGUACAGAACCCAGGUCUUUCUGUCUGUUAUAUCCAUGCUGACCAUUGUACUUAUCUAUCUUUAUUUAAGCUCGUCUCAUUCACCCGCAUUUGAUCUGAAUCCCUCGCGUUCACCUGCAUUCGAUCGGUUUAUAAUUUAGUAAAACUUAUACAGUUGCCUUCGGCCUCCUCUUUAGGCACCGUUAUAUAAACAUGGGAUAACACUAAGCUCGAGGUCCAACAUUCAGUCAACUCUGAGAAAUGGUGUUAAAGAUUAUCAUCGUUUUGCUACUGAUGAUAAAAUAAAGUUUUAAUUUAAAUAAUG